AUGGGCACACCGCCUAACUUGGAUCUGAACCUCCAGGCCCUCAUCGAACGCUUCGGCAGCCUUACCAUUCAGAUCUCCCUUCCGGACAGCGCCGGGACCCGCACCAGCAACUCUCAGGAAACUUCGGCGGCCGCGGCGGCCACCAGCUCUUCUUCCCCUUCGGCACCUUCGGCGGCUACCUGCUCUUCUGCUCCUUCGACAUCUUCGGCGGCGCAGCUUAGCAUUCACCCGGCCUCGGGGACCCCUUCGGAUCGAGUGUUAUCCCUUGCACGGCACCUUCGUGCCCCUUUGGGUGGACGGAGCCCCGAGAGCAGGAUUCGCCUUGCCUACCAGUUAGGCAGAGAAGCGGCUCGGAUCUGCUGCGGCGACGCGCGGUGCUUUGAGAGUGCCAGCAUCAGUUCUCGCCGGACUGUUUACGUGAUUCUGGUCGGCGACCUUGUGGAGCGGCCUUUCUUCACUCACUCCAGCGACCUCUACUUCCGCACGGUCAAGCCGCACGGCGAGUUCGACCCAGCCUCUGUGUCCCACGGAUUUGCCAGCACCGCGGAGGCAGAGGCCGACUUGGAGGAGGCCACUGCCAGCGACUUUGGGGGCACCCUAGGCCCAUGGACGGCAGCCACCCUGGGGGUCACGACGGGCACAGGAAAGGCUCUGAAGAAAACCGCCGUGUGUUUGCUUGUGGAUGUCAACGCUGCUGGCGUUACCAUGCUCAGCGACCAGGCUCCCCUGACUGUGGCGGGCGAGCUCACCUCCUUCGGCUCCCAUCGGUUGCAAAAUGUUUGGCCUCUCGGCAAGGGCGCUCUGGAUGCUUUGGAGGUUUUUCUCAACGGCGACGAGCUCGAGGAUCUGCCCGAGCGUUUGGAGCCCUACUUCACCUGCAGCUCUGGGGCCGAGGCGAGACCCGAGGAGCCCGCAGAUCCCGGAGACCAGGACGGCACCCAACGCGAGCUCCUCCAGCAGAUCCUGGCCCAAACGAGCACCCAGAGCGGAAUUAUUCAGCAACGGCUCAGCGGCCUGGAUGCAAUCGAGGCCCGGCUUUCACUGUUGGAAGAGCGGGGCGCCCCACCGCCUGCGGAGCUGGAGUUGAAGAACCCUCUGCUGGGAAGCGCCAAGCUCCCGGGCUGGGCCCCGCAACUGUUCGAGGAGGGUGCCGGUGCCAAACUCAGCCGGGGCCAGGUGGACCAGCUCCUUCAGCUGGCGGGGCAGGCACCUCGCACUCUGGGGGACCUCCCGGGUCCAUCGUCCACGGCCCGAGGCGCUUCGAAAGUGUUGGCCGCGGCUCCCAAGAUCCGCCCUGGUACUGUGCCGGCUGCCGGUGUUGGACUCGAGGACGACGAGGAGGACGGCGAAGGCGCGGUCGUGGCCGCUGUGGGAAGCACCGAUCUGCUCAGCCAGCUGCUUGCCCAGCAGACGCAGAUCUUGAGUCAGCUUGCCACCUCAGCUCGGAAAAGCCACGACCCGCUGCACCUCCUUGGAUCCGCCGGCGACUCGGACGACUCCUCAAAGGUGGCGGGCGUGAAAGGGAUGGCAGCUCGACAGCUCCUUCGGGAGCAGUUCCUUCAGCACCCCCGCAAAGUUCACGCGAAGGUGCGCGAGAGGUUGGCCCAGGCCCGCCGUCGUGCUUCGGUGGCCGAGUUGGAACCAAGGGACAUGUGGGCUCACUUCCAGGAGACCGUCCCCUUGGGCAACUUCAAGACGCUGACCUACCUGUCUUUCCUGCUGGCCGAGAUGUGGGAGGCAGCGGAGAGAGGCGAACAGGACGAGGUGCUCAGCCUUUUGAGUCUGGGCCUGGUGUUCUGCGAGCAGGCGGCGAACGAGCAAGGGCAUACCCGCCUGGCCUGGUUGCUGACCUGCCGGGAGGACCCUCCUUUUGCAGUGGUGGAGCAGAGAAAAGCACCUCGUGCCGAGGUACCUCACGGGAUGCUCUCCGAUCCCAGAUGGGUGGCCACUCAACUGGGCUACCUGCGCGACGUGGAGACCAUCCAGGACCGCACUCAGAAAUCCCACGGCCAACAGCCGGGGGCACGGGCCACAAGCCCAGACGCCCCCAAGGGGAGAGGCCGCCGCGGCGGCAAGAACCAGCAGGAGACAGCCGCUUCAAGCAGCCAGCUCGCGGGCCGGCGCAAGGCGCGAUGGGAUUUCCGAAAUGCCUGCCGAUCAUGGACCCGCCUCCUAGUGGCCGCGGGCAAUUGGUUGGUGCAAGGGAGGCUGGAGAGGCAUGCCGCAGUGUGGACCCGCUUAGCGCGUGGGCCUAAAAGCGGGUUGGAACGCGCUUUUCAAAAAUACGACCAGAUUGACAAACAGCUUCAAGUGCUACAUCAGAUGAGUGCCCGUUUGCACUCCGAUCUGCAGCCUUACUGCAAGCCGUCCCGAGGUGAAGAAGCGGAGCCCGCCACCGUCGACAGUGAGCCCUCGGCAGCUUCGCCCGCGAAGUUCAGCUUGAAACCUUUGGCCCAAACCAGCAGUCUUCAGAUUGACCCGAAGCGCCUCAAGUUUGAGCACGCACCUCGUUUCAAAGCUGAACCUUUCUUGGUGGAUCCUCUGCUUCGAGCAGGGUUCUCAGACCCGAGUGUUUUUCGGCGGCCGUCGUCCGUUUGGGACCGGCCGAAGCGGGCCCGGGUUCAGGCCAGCCGGUCAGACCAAUUGGCGCUAUAUCGCAAAUGGGAUGAUGUUGAUUCGCUGUAUUUGCUUCGUGCUUCAGAAUCUGAACUCAAGUUUCGCUGUGGACUGUUCGCGGUAUAUAAGAGCGAUAAGUUCGACCGGCAGAUCCUGAACCCUAUCCCAGAGAACGGGCGGUCUUUCUCAGUGUCCGAUGCUACGCUGAGUUUGGCGCAUGCUUCGCUACUUUGCCAGCUCUACCUCCCAGAGGGGAAGAACCUUGUGAUAAGCUCCGAUGACCUUGAGGAUUUUUACCAUGGCUUUGUGGUGGGCGAUAGACACGCGGCUAGGAACCACAUACAUGGUGUUUUUCAUGGUCGCGAUUUCGAGGGUUGGAAGGCCUACAGGGAAGAGCUGCAUGAUGUUCAAGUGGUCGGGUGUUUUAAGACGCUGGCUAUGGGCACGAACUUUGCCGUCGAAACAGCACAGCAUGCUCACUCAGUUCUUCUUCGCCGCGCAGGGGGGCUCCUUCCCAAAGAACAAGUUGCAUACCGCAAGGCACUCCCAAAGGGCCCCGGGUUCGACCUGUUGUGUAUCGAUGAUAGAGUUUACCUCCUCAUCGUAAGCGCUUCGGAGUUUGGCAAGGCCCCCCGGCUCGACCGCAGGGAUGUUCGUCUUUUCAGCCAGGCCGCCGCACAGUAUAAGGAAGUGCACCUAUGCAUUUCUCAGAAAAAGGCUGUGCGGAACGCUUAUCAAGCUACGGUGCUAGGAGGUGAACUCGACGGCGUGCGCGGCGACCUGGCCGCCCCUCGACUGAAAACGGCGGCCUUGUGCUGCCUCACCUUCCAGCUGAUCGUCUUGGGGUUCUGCUCUAAGGGCCUUCUUCAAUGCAUCCUGGGUUGCUGGGUCUUUGUCACAAUGUUUCGGCGCCCUGCUAUGUCUUUGCUAGGGCAAGUGUACCACGAUCUUCAAGGCCGGGAGGAUAGUGAGGUUUUCAGAUUGUCCAUGGAGGCGAAGCAAGAGUUACUGCAGUUAGUCAUUUGGGCACCGAUGAUGUUCAGCAACUUGCGCGCCGAGCCGAUCGAAGCUCUCUUUUGCACGGAUGCUUCCCCUUUUGCUGCGGGAGUGUGCCAAGCCCAGAUGCCUAAGGAAGCUGUUUUUGAGCUAUUGCGGCAUGCUGACUAUAAGGGCCAUCAUACUAUGCUGCAGCCUGCUAUUUCCAGUUACCUUGAGAUGCAUCACGACAUUGCUGAGCCUGCUCCUUACAAGCUUCCUGGGAGUCUGACUGAGGGGAUUCUUUUCGAUGUGUGCGAGGUCUUCCUUGGAGAGCGGACCCUCUCCCUCGCUGCCUCCCGACUAGGGCUCUGCGUGCAUCCGGGUUUCAACCUUAAUGGUGACAGUCAAGGUGAUUUGCUGCAGUCGCAGCCCAUGCACCACAUCAUAGGCUUGAUCUGCCGACGAGUGGUUGCUUAUGUUCAUCUAGCCCCUGGCUGCAAAACCUUUGGUAGCAUGGAGAAGCCCAAGUUGCGGAGCCGUUCGGCUCCCUGGGGUUUGGAACCUCAGGAAGCCCGCACUCUGGAGGCAAAUCGGCUAGCGCUACGAAUUGCAUUCGUCCUCCGUCUUUGUGUCGCCUAUGGUCUCUUGGCCUCAUUGGAGCAGCCUGCUAACUCAGUGAUGUUCAGAAUGAGAACUUUCGGCCGACUUUUACGCAGUGGCUUUCAUCGGCUCCGAUUCUGUGCUUGUUCUUUCGGCUCUCCAUUUCAAGGGGCCUCCCAUUGGCUGACCAACAAUCCUGAUCUUUUGCAGAUGGAAGGCGCUUGCAGUUGUCCGCUAAAAGAUCGCCACCUUCGUAUUGCUUCACGCUUGACACCUGAUAACAUUCAGCUGUUCAUGUGCCUUUGCCGGCCAGACGCAUUUUCUGUGUUUGGCAGAACGCCCGAGGUAGGCGAGUUUGUACGUACAUACAGUCACCCAUGUCCUCUUCAGGCAGUGCAGCAAGUGCUUCUCAUACAAGCCCCGAAGAUUCGUGCUUUGCGUACAGCCGGGGAUAUGUCACAUCGCCCGGCACAUCAGCCUGCUCGAUGGGUUGGGGACUUAGGCACUUGUCUGGAAUGGAGGAAGCUGAUUCAGUACCGCUUUAAGAAGAUCAAUCAUAUUAACAUCAAUGAAGAGCUGUGCUUGCGUAGUCUACUACGGCACCUUUCUUCGACUCGUCCUGUUUCCAGGUUUGCAGUUUUUCUUGACAGCAGAGUGACAAUCGGUUGCAACGCCAAAGGGAGGAGCAGCAGCAUGAAGCUUAACUACUACUUGAGCACGAGCCUUCCGUUCAUUUUGGGCGGUGAGCUCUUUCCUGCGCUGUUCCAUAUAGGGACUGAUGACAAUGUUUCGGAUGACCCCUCUCGGCUUCGCGAUCUGAGAGCUGCCCCUGCUGUACGCCCGCUCUGGUUGAGUAACUUUCUGGCCGGACGACACAAGUACUUUGACCUGGUCCGCAGUUCCGACGAUCGUGCUUGGCCGCUCUCGGGCUGGAGCCGUUUCGCCGUGCUCCUGCUGGCGGUUGCUUGGGAUGCCACGCCGAAGGAAAGCGACCCAGGACUCUCGAGCAAACGUGAACUUGGACCCGGCCGCAGGUGGAUCGAAGAGGAGCUCAAGUGCGAGUUUGCCCAGGUUUGUGCCUCUGGGUUGCUCUUAAGCACUGCUUUGGUGGGCUACGGCAAAAGUUUGUUUUAUUCGGGUCAACCUAAGUAUAUGUUUUCUGAAAGCAUUAAUGCGGUGUCCGACCAAUUCAAACAUCUACGAGCUCACUUCGCUGCUGCGUGGAGCAUCCUGUCUCGGUGGGAAGAAGAAGAACCCGGCGAGCGUUCAAUGGUGAUGCCAGAGUCGCUGCUCCGAGCUGCGGUGGCGCUCUCACUGUUGUGGCGCUGGCCUCACUUCGCAGGCUUUCUGUUGGUUGGUUUCCACGCUUUACUCCGGCCCAGCGAGAUCCUGAGACUGCGUCGCAGAGAUUUGAUCUUGCCGAGAGAUUUGCUCACCAACGUCCCGGUGGCCUUUGUUCGUAUACUGGGUUCCAAGACUAAACGUUUCCUGCAGAGACAGCACGCUCGCAUUUCUGAUGCGCUUUCGGUGGCAUUCUUAGAUGCACUCUUCGGCCACUGCCAUCCCCUCUCGCCUCUCUUCGACUGCAGCCCUGCGGUGCUGCGCCGGCGCUGGAAUGCGCUGUUCAGCGCCCUUGGGGUGCCUGUUUCAGAAGAUCAACAUGGUAUUACCCCUAAAUCCUUGCGGGGUUCGGGAGCCACCUGGCUCUACCAGCGCACGGAGGCGGUGGAGAAAAUCAUGUGGCGAGGUCGAUGGCAGCAGAAACGCACGCUAGAACAUUAUCUUCAAGAUGUGGCUGGCCAGCUGCUAUUGGUGGACCUGGCAGAGAGCCAUCGGUACCAGAUUCAGCAGCUGGCUAACCUUGCAGCUUGUUUUCUGGUCGGUUUCGUGAAUUCCUUUCAUGAUGCGCGCAGCUCCACAUGA